GCAGCAGGAAAACCGCAUCAAGAUGCCGCGGCCUCAGCGCUUCCCGGACAGUUUCCACCAGGUGCUGCAGUCCCUGGUGCUGUCCAUCAUGCCCCACAUCACCAUCCGGCACAACGAAAUCACCGAGGAAGCUCGAAGCAUCAACCUGAGCCUGGCCAGUCUCAUCAAGAGGUGCCUGACGUUCAUGAACAGGGGCUUCGCCUUCGGACUCAUCAACCACUACAUGUGCCACUUCGGUCUCAAAGAUCCAAAGGUGUUGACAGAAAUGAAAUUUGAGUUCCUCAUGACCCUGUGUAACCACGAGCACUUCAUCCCACUGAACUUGCCCAUGGCCUUCGGGCGCACCAAGCUGCAGAGAGUACAAGGUGAGCAACACGUCCUAGAUUAUGUUCUAAUGUUCAUCCUCCAUACUGACGAGCAGAGUCUGGAGUUCAGCCUCACCGAGGAGUACUGCCGGAACCACUUCCUGGUGGGUCUGCUGCUCCGAGAGGUGGCUGAGGCCCUGCAGCAGGGGCCCGAGGUUCGACAGCUGGCCGUAGGCGUUCUGAAGAACCUGCUCAUCAAACAUGCCAUGGACGAUCGCUACACCGCGUACAAGAACCAACAGGCCAGAAUCUGCAUGUUGUACCUCCCAAUAUACGAGCUGCUCUACCAGAACUUGAAGCAGCUGUCUGCUCAGCCACAGAACUCCAGUCCCGGGCUUGGUCUAAAUGGCUCCAGAGAUGACCUGAUAUCAAUUGGUUCUACCGACAGCAAGAGAAUCAGCACUGCGAUCGACAAAGACCACGCUCUUCCGAACGGCCAAAUGGUGCGGCGAGAGGACUCCAGAGGCUCUCUGUUUAUGGACUCAGGAACUCCAGACCUCAUUGAGAACAUGAGGCGUCAGACACUAUCUGAGGGCCGUCUGCUCAAACAGAUCCUGGAAAAGCUGUUCCCCAGUGGCCUCGCAGCAUUCAAGAAGAUCAGCUUCAACAUUGACGAAGAAGCAGCCAUGAAAGAAGACACAGGAAUGCAGGAUGUUUAUUAUACUGAGGAGGUCCUGGUGGAGCACCUGGAGGUCUGUGUUGAAGCUCUGUGGAAAGCCGAACGCUACGAGCUCAUCACGCACAUCGCCAAGCUCAUCAUCCCCAUCUACGAGAAGCGGAACGAGUAUGAGAAGCUCAGCCGACUCUACGACACGCUGCACAGAGCCUACAACAAAAUCAUGGAGGUGAUCCAGUCAGGCCGCAGGCUGCUCGGCACGUACUUCAGAGUGGCUUUUUAUGGUCAGGUUUUCUUUGAGGAAGAAGAUGGGAAGGAGUACAUUUACAAAGAGCCCAAACUCACCGGCCUGUCAGAAAUCUCCCAGCGGCUGCUGACGCUCUACGGAGAAAAGUUUGGCCCAGAAAACGUCCGGAUCAUUCAGGACUCAAAUAAGGUGAACCCCAAAGAGCUGGACUCCCGCUUCGCCUACGUUCAGGUGACAUUUGUCAAGCCGUACUUCGAGGAGAAGGAGGCGCCGGAGAAGAAGACGGACUUUGAGAAGUGCCACAACAUCAACCGCUUUGUGUUUGAGACACCGUACACGCUGUCGGGGAAGAAGCACGGUGGCGUGGAGGAGCAGUGCAAAAGGAGGACUGUCCUCAUCACUGCCAACACGUUCCCGUAUGUGAAGAAGCGCAUCGAGGUGGUGGCAGAGAAGCACGUGGAGCUGAAGCCCGUGGAUGUGGCCAUUGACGAGAUGAAGGCUCGGACGGCAGAGCUCACCAAGCUGUGCUCCAGCCAGGAAGUAGACAUGAUCCAGCUGCAGCUCAAACUGCAGGGCUGCGUCUCUGUGCAGGUGAACGCAGGUCCCAUGGCGUACGCCCGAGCAUUCCUGGAUGACAGCAAACCCACCCCGUGGGGCAACAAGAAAACCAAAGAGCUCAAGGAUGUUUUCAGGCGUUUCGUCGAGGUGUGCAGCAUGGCUCUGGACAUCAACGAGCGACUGAUUAAAGAGGAUCAGUUCGAGUACCACGAGGGCCUGAAGUCCAACUUUAAAGACAUGGUGAAGGAGCUUUCAGACAUCAUCCAUGAGCAGGUAACCAGACUGCUCUCCAGCUAG